AUGGAGGUCUCCAACGGGGUGCUGCCCGCCGGGCAGGCAGGGGGCUCCCGGCGCGGCGCCGCCGCCGCCCCGGCGGGCAGGAAGGAGGUGAAGAUGGUGAUCGUCGGGGACGGCGGCUGCGGGAAGACGUCGCUGCUCAUGGUGUACGCGAAGGGCGCCUUCCCCGAGCAAUAUGCACCAUCUGUCUUUGAGAAGUACACSACCAGCAUCACGGUGGGCAGCAAGGAAGUCACCCUGAAUUUGUACGAUACUGCAGGGCAGGAGGACUAUGAUCGGCUACGACCACUUUCUUACCAGAACACAAAUGUCGUCUUAAUUUGCUACGAUGUCAUGAAUCCCACUAGUUAUGAUAACGUAGUAGUUAAGUGGUAUCCUGAGGUGAGUCACUUCUGCCGCGGGGCCCCCSUUGUUCUCAUCGGCUGCAAGACGGACCUCCGGAAGGACAAGGAGCAGCUGCGCAGGCUCCGGGCCUCCCAGCAGGAGCCCGUUACGUACAGCCAGGGCGAAACAGCGUGUCAGCAGAUUAACGCAGAAGUUUAUCUGGAGUGCUCAGCAAAAUGUCGUGAAAACGUCGAAAAUGUUUUUAAAGAAGCAACAACCAUUGCACUCAAUGCCAUGAAAAAAGCCAAACGCCAGAAGAAACGGACAGUGUGCUCAGUGCUAUGAUAGAGACUGCUCCGAGCAUCGCAGCCACGUGAUUCACCUUUUAGCAGCAGAUAACUUUAAAAGACCUUUUCCCUCACCCCUCGUAAAUAUUUUUAUUCCUGCAGUGAUUUUUAAGUUCUAACUUUUUAAUAUUUUUGCACUUUCAUUGAACUACUCUAAGUUUUCAAAGCUCUUUAUUCAAGUUAAUGGAUGGCACUCACUGUUGUCCCUCCAGCUUUUGCUCCUAACCAUAAAGGAACUGGUUUGUUCUUAGAUCCACAGUAAGCUGCAAAGAACAGUGACUGCUGCUAGCUGACUUGGUUACUUUUUUCUUCUAGACAUUAGCCAUGGUACAUUUUGUCUAUAAUUUAUUGCCCUGGUUAACUAAAUUUAAGCAAAAGAGGUAGAAAGGCCACUUCUCUCAGAAGAGAUGUUAAAGCAGUACAUUUAAAGAGAAGUUAACUUGAAAAUUACUAAUGCAGAACUUAUUGUACCCAAAGASAGUGAACUGAGUUAGCCUUGAGCUGUCCCUUUAGCCUGUACAGGCAAAACCUCCCCUCCUUUAUCACUGCAGCAGCUUGCAGAGCUGCUCCUUGACAGGACUCCAUGCAAAGUCUGGUGGCCCAACAGAAAGGGCUGCUCCUUAAAUAACACACAGCAGGUGCUCCAGUGCAGAAAUGGAGCAUCACAUAAAAAGUUAGAAAAACUUGAAACAGCUAUUCUGUGCAAUAUAAAGAUAAUCUUGAAAUAAACUGCAA